UCUGCGAUGGCUUCCGCCCCAGACAUUCCACCCACGGCGUUCGUGGAAACGAUGAAUCCCGAGCGCGCGUGGAUGCUGGCUGAGGUGGCCAGAGAAGAAGCUGCCCUGCCUCCAGUGGUGGUGAAGAAGGAGAAUCUGCCGCCGCCGGCCAGUGGAGCGAACUGUGCCCCCGUGGGUGACGCGUCGUCGAGGGCCACGAGGGAUCGUGAGAAGACGCACCAGAUGAAAUUGGUAUGGAACGACUCCCGCUCGCACGCCGAAUUCUGCGAAGAAAGAAGUCACAAACCUGCGCUCCCUCUAUUACCUCCAAUGCCAAAGUUAUCAGACAUCCCCUCUCUUGGUCCCGCACCCAAACCCAACGAGCACACCAAAUACCUUUUGUCUCUGUUGAAACACCGCGAGCUUCAUCUCUCUCUGUAUACUCGCCAACAAGAUGGAAAAGGUUGUGGCAAGCUCUACAAGAUCCAAAUCUCGGACGCAUGCCUGGUUCAGCACGAGACAUUGUCGAGCCACCCGUGCACCCGAGUGCUCCCCCUCACCUCCGGCGACCCUGACACAUCCAUUGUUGAAGGGGUGAUUCACCGGUCCGUGGAAGGAGAGUUGCUCGAAGACGUGUGGGCUGGUCUAUCUUCGCAGAUGAAACGCCACUACGCCCGGCAACUUCGCAAGAUUGUGGAUGGCAUGCGAGGCGUGGUCUGCAGUGAUGGACGGGGCUCCGUCCAAGCUGGAGAGUACACACUCUUCCUUGACAAGCACACGAACCACACCUACUACGCCGUUCGUCGAUACACAUCUCCAAAGCAAUUCAUGGCUUUUCUUCUGUCCUCGUUCUAUAAGACUGUUCCGAAGAAAGUCGCCCUAGCAUUUAUUGCACCACUCAAGGUCAAAGGCAGGCAAUUACUGUCGCACUGUGCUCUUUGCCCAAAGAACAUUAUUGUGAAUGAGGGGAAAAUUGCGUGGAUUCUAGGCUGGGAUUGUGCGGGUUACUACCCCGGAUGGUGGGACUAUGUCAAGUUUUUCGAGGCCCGGACACGACCAGAGAACCUUGACUGGUAUGAUUAUGCGGGGGAGAUUUUCAGUGCUGAGUAUCCUCUUCAGCUGGUGGCUUACCAGGGACUGACAAGAUGUCAGCAACUUUGA